AUGCCGACAUCUGCUUCGUUUAUUACUGGUCUGGACGAUGGCCGCGUCAAGCUCAAGCCUAAUGAUUUCCCCAAAUUCGGAGGGAAGGACGAAGACAUUGACCGCUGGAUCGAGCAACUCUGUUGCUUAAAGGAGAUGCUAUUACCUGGCAAGACUGGCAAGAUGCGCUUCGUGCAGAAUACCGGAAAGCAAACUUCGAAACUCACAAGGAGGAAGAGCUACGCCAGCGAAUGUGGUAUCGCAAUGAAAGCUUCGCCGAAUACUACACGGAUCGACGGUCAUUACAACGUCCUCAAACAAUCCAAACUACAAGCUUACUCGUUCACGAAGACCUAA